UGAAUUAGUCAUUUUCUUAUCUAUGAAAAAGAUAAGAUUACUAAGUGUCUAAGUGUUUUGAUCCGCAGUUUCCACGAUAUUUGAUUGUUAUUUUCUACAUUACAAUUUUAAAAUAAUUCUUCCAUAAACUUUUUCCCUGUAGUUUUAUUAUAUUGCUUAUUUUCACAAUAUUUAUUACUAUUUUAUGACUGUUUAUUUUUAUUUGAAAAGCAUGCAACAUCAAUUUUGUCAUAUUCAUAAAAGAAUUUUGAAGACUAAUUUUCUUCCUUUUAUCAAAACUAUUAGAUGUCUUUCUACAGGUUCAGUUCCGAAGCGAGUAUAUCUUCAUAAUUUUCAUGCUGAGAAAAAUGCUCGAUUUGUUGAUUUUGCCGGAUUUCUUAUGCCAUUGCAAUAUAGUGACUUUACUCUUACUGCAUCGCAUAAACAUACGAGAGAACAUGUAAGCAUAUUUGAUGUAACACAUAUGUUGCAGUCUAAAAUUUCUGGAAAAGAUAAAAUGAAGUUUAUUGAAAGUCUUGUUGUAUCGGAUAUUGAAGGUUUAAAUGUGAACCAAGGCACAUUAACAGUAUUUACAAACGACAAAGGUGGUAUAAUCGAUGACUUGAUUGUGACGAAGACUGAUGAGGAUUAUCUUUACGUGGUUUCAAAUGCUGGAUGCAUUGAUAAGGAUUUAUCUCAUAUGAAUAAACGUAAGGAGGAAUUCAAGAGAAAUGGUGCUGAUAUUGAACUUGAAGUAAUAAAAGAUAAAGUACUUUUAGCCAUACAAGGUCCUGGCACUGCAAAAAUUCUUCAAGAGUUUGUAGAGCAUGACUUGAACAAUUUGACUUUUAUGACUACAACAAAAACCACAAUAUGUGGUGUGGAUGAUUGUCGUAUAACACGUUGUGGCUAUACAGGUGAAGACGGAGUAGAAAUAUCAAUACCUGCUGCUCAAAGUGAACUUAUUUUGAAGAAUUUAUUGAAUUCAAAGAAGGAUGAAGUGAUGUUAGCAGGUUUGGGUGCUCGGGACACCCUUCGUUUGGAGGCUGGAUUGUGUCUGUAUGGGAAUGAUAUAACAGAUGAGACAACUCCGAUUGAAGCUGGCUUAGCAUGGACAAUUGGCAAAAGAAGAAGAGAAACAGGAGGAUUUCCUGGAGAUUCAAUUAUAUUGAAACAGUUGAAAGAAAAACCAAAGAAGAAACGAGUAGGUUUCUUAUCAGUAGGUCCAUGUCCUAGAGCUUCUACAAAAAUUAUGAACUUGGAAGGCGAUGUGAUAGGAACAAUUACUAGCGGAUGCCCAUCGCCUUGUUUGAAGAAAAACAUAUCAAUGGGAUAUGUUGAUUCUGCCUUCUCUAAGAUAGGAAAUAAGAUUAAGUUUUUAAUUCAUAAGAAAGAAGUCGAAGGUACAGUGGCAAAGAUGCCGUUUGUACCUUCAAAAUACUACGUUAAGUAAAAUGUGUUCAUUUCAGAGUUUAUUUCUGUAAAAAAAUAUUUUUUAGAUAUUAUUGUAGAGCUUAUUUUUUGAAAUAAAUUGAAUCUUAAUAAGGUU